AUGGCCUUCUCUCUGUCAGCUGUUCUUCAUGUUACCAUCAUGUCAGCAGAAUUCUUCACGGGCAUUACAGUGAAUGGAUUUCUUAUCAUCAUAAACUGUAAUGAACUGGUCAAACGUAGAAAGCUAACACCAAUGCAAAUCCUUUUAAUGUGUAUAGGGAUGUCUAGGUUUGGUCUGCAGACGGUGUUAAUGGUACAAAGUUUUUUCUCUGUGUUCUUUCCACUCUUUUACAUGGAACGAAUUUAUGGUGCAACGAUGAUAUUCUUUUGGAUGUUUUUUAGCUCUGUCAGUCUCUGGUUUGCCACCUGCCUCUCUAUAUUUUACUGCCUCAAGAUUUCAGGCUUCACUCAGUCCUAUUUUCUUUGGCUGAAAUUCCGGAUCCCAAGGUUGAUACCUUGGCUGCUUCUGGGAAGCCUGCUGGCCUCCGUGAGCAUUGCCUUUGUAUGUAUCGAGGUAGAUUAUCCUAAAAAUGUGGAAGAUGAUGAGCUCAGAAACACCACGCUAAAGAAGAUUAAACCCAAGAGAAUGCAAAUUAACGAUGUGCUCCUCGUCAACUUGGCGUUAGUAUUGCCUCUCGGCAUAUUCGUGAUGUGCACUUCUCUGUUAUUUGUCUCUCUUUACAAGCACACUCAUCGCAUACAGAGCGGAUCUCAUGGGCUUAGAAAUGCCAGCACAGAAGCCCACAUCAAUGCGUUAAGAACAGUGGUAACAUUCUUCUGCUUCUUUAUUUCUUAUUUUGCUGCCUUCAUGACAAAUAUGACAUUUAGCGUUCCGUAUGGAAGUCAGCAGUACUUUGUGGUGAAGGACAUAAUGGCAGCUUAUCCCUCCGGCCAUUCAGUCAUAAUAAUUUGGAGUAAUUCUAAGUUACAACAACCCUUCAGGAGAAUUCUCUGUCUCAGAAGGAAAUGA